AUGUCUCCCCCUCUCUGCCCUGAGACGUGGAGCUGGAGAUUAGAGACCCCAACACCCACAGUGACAGCCCCAGAACCUCAGAACCCGGCGAGGAAUUCCGUGACUCCCCAGGAGCCACAGAACCUGGUCCUGGGACAGGGGCUGGGCAGGGGGACCUGGGGGGGCGGGAGUGGAGGGAAACACUCUGAAGGCUUCUGGGAGGGAUUGGAUGUGUUGCCUCCUGCUUCUGAUGGAGCUGCCCCACCCCCACCCCCAGAGCAGAGCCGGGCGCUGCUGCUGUUGGCUGUCUUUGGGUUGGUGCUGCAAGGGCCCUGUGCCAACACUCUGCGCAACUUCACCCAAGCCAGCGAGGCCGUGGCCUGCGGGGCGGAGCUGGCCCUGAACCAGACGGCUGCGUUGCUGGAGAGAGCGAAGCAGCCCCUUGUCAGUGCCCUGAACAAGAUUAAGGCCAUUGCCCAGAAGGCCAAAGAGGUGGCUGACCGGAUCCGCAAGUUCUUUCGAUCCAUCAUGGAUGGAGUGAAGCAUAUAGCCAGGGCCCUGCGCAAUGUGUGGUACUGGCUCCUGCAUAUCGGAGACGUGUGCAACUCAGAGCUGGGCAACCCUUACCUGAAGUGUGCGCGGGUCUUCGAUGACGCCAAGGACAGCUGCAUGAAGGUCAUCCCACAGGCCUAUCACCUGUGCUACGUGCUCAUGCCCUUCAAGCUGGUGCUCUGUGGACUUGCCAGCCUGGUCCAGGUGUUCUGCAUCAUCCCCAAGUACAUCCAGCCCUUCCUGCGCACGACCAUCGGCAUCCCUGUGCAGAAGUUGAUUAACCGGGUGCGUCAAGAGUUUGAGUUCAACGUGACAGCCACCCACUACUUCUCCGUGGACCUCGAUGCCUCUCGGAGCCUGUCCCAGGUGGCCCUGGACCUCUACGAGGCCGUCAGCAUGAAGCUGUACCGCGCCCGGGAGGCCCUGGCCCUGAUGGGCUACGCCACGCCUCUGCUGCUUGUACUUCUCUACCUCCAGGCCCUGUUUUACCGGUACUGUUACCUGAACCUGGACAGCCAUGACAACAUCUACAUCACCAGCCGGUUCCUGCACAUGGAGGCCGUGCGCUCCCGGGCGGGGCUGCCCACCGUGCUGCCCCUCAGUGCCCACGAGGCCAGACACUAUAUCCGGCCAGGUUCCCUCUACCUGUCCCGGUGGGAGCAGCUUUUUUACCUCCUGGCGAUCUCCCACCUUCUCCGGCAACUCCUCAUCACGCUGCUCCUCAUCUUCCUGGACUACGCGGUCUUCUGGGUGCUGGACCUGGCCCGGCACCACCUGCAGGGGGAGAUGGUGGCCCGCAGCCCCGUGCUGGUAUCCAUCACCGUGGAAGGCAGCGGCUAUACUGGGAACAUUUACCGCGACCUGGUGUCGGCCUUCGAUGUCCUGCAGCAAGGCAACGUCACCGUCCUGUCACGGCGCUGCGCCCUGCACCCCUCGGAGCCCAACACCACUGGCUAUAUUGUCAUCGGCAUCAUGUACGGCCUAUGCUUCUUCGUCACCCUGUUUGGGAGCUACGUCAGCCGGCUGCGGCGGGUCAUCUGUGCUUCUUACUACCCAUCCCGGGAGCAGGAGAGGAUCUCCUACCUCUACAACUUACUUCUGAGCCGCCGCACCUCCCUGCUGGCCGCCCUGCACCGGUCAGUGAGGCGGCGGGCAGCGGACCAGGGCCAGCUGAGCCUCCUGCAGGUGCUGGCCAGGCGGUGCCUCUGUCUGGCUCCAUUGAUGAAGCACGUUGGGCAGCAGCAGGCCUACUGCCUGGGCUGUGGGCAACCCCAGGACGAGGGGGCCAGGGAGAACUUUGUGUCCUGCAGUACCCCAGCCUGCCGAGGUCUCUUCUGCCCCACCUGCUUCCGCCUCCUGGACAACACCUGCUCUGUAUGCGCAUCACCCCUCUCCUACCAGGGAGAGCUGGACCUGGAGCUGGACUCCAGCGAUGAGGAAGGCCCCCGGCUGUGGCUGGCUGCAGCUCGAAGGAAGAGCCCCGCGCAGGAGGCGUUACUGCGGCAGCGGCUCCAAGAAGCGCUGGGCAGGACCCUCUCAUCGGGGUCCAGCUCUGAGCCCAGGUGA